AUGGUCCUCAUGAGAGCGUGGCUCUGGGGAAUGUUGGCGAUGGCCUUGAUGAAAGGCUGCCAGGCCGUCACCAGCAGCGAGGAGGACGAGGAGUCCUCGGCGAACGUCGCGGACGACGCCGAGGCUGAGCGCCUCUUUCGAGGCGAGGAGGAGGAGGAGGAGGUCCCGACCCCCCCAGUGGCACCCGCAGCCCAAGCAGUGCCGCAGAAAAAGGUGGAGGAGGAGGCCAGGGGGUGGGGGGCUUCUCCUGCUCCCCCACUCCCCCAGUCUCUUACGGGGGGUUGGGGGGCUUCUGCCUAA